AUGCCUUCCUUCAAGGACUCCAUGUCAUCCACCCCUGCAGGCCCAUCGUCGGCACCUACCCCUGCCUCGACCGCCCCCACCCAGUCCAUUCGCGAAACUCUCCACGGAGCUACCACAGCUUUGACUGCACAAGGAAUCAACCUCUGCCCUCAUUGCUUCCGCGAAAUGUCUCAUUGCAACGAGCGUUUCGAAUUUGCGUAG